CCCGCAAAUGUAGCAAUUUUCCCAUCUUUUAUUUUCAUUUUCAAAAGUGCUGCUUGUCCCUGUAGCGCCAUUUUGUCCCACUCACCGUUUGCCUGUUUUUUUUUCUACUCCAGACGUGACUUGUGCGUCAUUUUUGACUCAAUUUACAAUAUCGUCACUUGACGUGGGCAGAAGCAAGACUUUUUGCCUAAAGGUGAACCCGUGUCCUUGGAAGCAAGUACCCACUUGCUGCUGUUGUAGUAAAAAUAAUAAUAAUAUUUGUAUAUUCAGGAUAAUUAGAAUUUUGUUGAAUUGUGGGUGAAGAGAGUUUUGUGCACAAGUGUCAUGGGGGAGUGAAUCAGAAGUGAUUAUGAUGAUGAUGAUAAUGAUGGGAGCUGCAACGAGCCCACCACGGCUGCACAACAAUAGGAGCGCGUGUGUUUAUUCCACGUCACUGAGCGGUUGCCACACUGAUGCAUUUUGCAUCUUGAACAUUUCAUUUUUUACCUCAGCUUUUCCUCCCCGCCCGGCCCGUUGGUUGGUGAGCUCGCUUCUGGUCGGGAGAGGCAAGCGGGGACAAAAGCGGCCCCCUCAGCAGUCGCCGGUCCACGGCCUCACUGUUUCCAUCUUCUCGCUGGGGGGCCAGACUUUUAUUUUUAGUUGUACAGUAUAUGCUUCAUACUCACUGCAGACGUUCUAUGUGGGCGGAUGAAUGCGAUGGGAAAUAAAAUUUUGUUUUUAAGUGCUAAAUUAGUCAUGAGAAAAUGGGUCACUUAUGAAAUGAUUGCAAAAUUUGUCAAACCAGUUCAAUUAACAUCAUCACUUACCUACAAUAUGGUGAUCUAUUUUAUAAAAGUUGAAGCUGAUGUUGCUCAUAAAGCACUUGCUAGCAUAUUGGCGCAAAAUGUUUAUCUAAAAAAGGGAUUUCACUACUAUAUAAGGUCAGCAAUUUUUGCCUGAUGUUAUUUGGGCUGCACGAUGGUGUAGUUGUUCACCAACAUUUAUUGAGGGAAGUCUCCCAAAAAAAAAAAAACAUCAGACAAAGUAAAAUUGCUGCAAUCAUUCUGUUCCUCUCUCAAUUUACUCACAAACGGACUUCAUCAGUAUGAAAUCCGGGCCUGCUAAACUGAGGACAAACCUGAUAUGGCUGCAGGAAACGGAUUUAUUUAUUCCCUUGUACAGGUUUUGUUGCACCCUCUCAGUGGCUUUAACGUCAAUUCAUGUCAUUUUAGCCGCAUUAAGCCUAGUCCUGUGGCUGGUUAGGUCACUACUGCACGCCCAGUGAUAGAUUGUUCCACCGCACAUUUCGUGUUUUUGAGUCAACAGGGGUGCUAUUGACUAAGUCAACAUGGUGAGUUAACCCCCCAAAAUAGUUGACAUAUUUUUCUGUAUUUCUUCAUUGUUUGCUUGCUUAUUUUGCCUUGCCUUGAAUGCACAAUUUAGCCGAAGUCACCAACACCUCUGUGGUCAAGUUAAGACGUCACAAAGCGAGAACAAGGCGGCGACGGGCUCGACUCGAGUUGUACAACAGUCGUCUGUCGGCGCGGUGCCCGUCGCGCAAGUUGAUUCGCAAGUGUUGAAUACGCGUGUGUUUGUUGUGUGUAAGAACAGGUGUCACGGCGCGACUGCGUUUGUCGCAGCCACGCGGACGGAGGCCUCCCACUCGGGCCCUGCAUUCACUGACCACCCCCCCCCCCGCCCCCCUCCCCCUGACUACUCACAGGAUUUUGCAAGUGGUCCGACCCCUGCGGCAGCAUGACGCUCACCGGCCACAAAAUUAGCAGUUGCCACGUUUCGGCGGCAGUAUUUCACUUCAGUUCACCGCUCAAGCUUGCACUGGCGGUUGCAGGUUCCUGCAGAUGGCAACGCAAACACGAGCUGGAUCCAGACAACACCGGUUUCAUCGCAGUGGAGAACUUCACUAGCCUAGUGGAGCACCAUGAGUUGCAGCUGGACCCGUCCAAACUGGACAUGCUGUUAGCGUUGGUCCAGAGCAAUGAGGACGGCCAAGUGUGUUACCAGGAGCUCAUCGAGCUGAUGAGCAGCAAGCGCUCCAGCAGUUUCCGACGGGCCAUCGCCAACGGUCGCCGCACGCUGCAGCGGGAGAUCCUGCUGGACGAGACGGGCCUGGGCCUCUACAAGCGAUUCGUCCGCUACGUGGCCUACGAGAUCCUGCCCUGCGAGACCGACCGGCGCUGGUACUUCCACCAAAACCGCCUGUGCCCGCCGCCCGUCUUCAUCGCCGUCAUCACCAUUGUCCAGAUUAUCGUGUUCAUGUGCUACGGCAUCAUGCUCAACAAGUGGGUGCUGCAGACCUACCAGCCGGACUUCAUGAAGAGCCCGCUGGUGUACCACCCGGGCCACCGCGCCCAAGUGUGGCGCUUCUUCAGCUACAUGUUCAUGCACGUCGGCUUGGAGCAGCUGGGCUUCAACGCGUUGCUGCAGCUGAUGAUCGGAGUCCCGCUGGAGAUGGUCCACGGCGUCUUACGGAUAAGUCUGCUGUACAUGGCGGGAGUGCUGGCGGGUUCACUGACGGUGUCCAUCACCGACAUGCGCGCUCCGGUGGUGGGGGGCUCCGGCGGGGUCUACGCUCUCUGCUCGGCACAUCUGGCCAACGUUGUCAUGAACUGGGCCGGGAUGAGAUGUCCGUACAAGCUGCUCCGCAUGAUCCUGGCGCUGGUUUGCAUGAGCUCGGAGGUGGGCCGGGCGGUGUGGCUGCGCUUCUCGCCGCCGCUGCCGUCGUCCGGGCCGCAGCCCAGCUUCAUGGCCCACCUGUCGGGCGCCGUGGUGGGCAUCAGCGUGGGCCUGCUGAUCCUGCGCAGCUACGAGGAGAGCCUGCAGAAGCAGUGCACCUGGUGGGUCAUCGUCUUCUCCUUCAUCACCUUCCUCCUCUUCGCCAUCUUCUGGAACAUCUUCGCCUACGAGCUGCUGGCCGUGCAGAUCCCGCCCGCUCCCUGACGAAAGCCUCACGCGGCUGUGACCUCAGAUCAGGUUUUUCCCCUUUUAAAAAAUAGAUUUAAAACCGUCCGUUUCGACGUCGGGAAUCAUGCGCGACUUUGACGGACACUUUGCAAAACGAGGAAGGACGU